AUGUUCCUCAACACGGUGCUGAUGGUCCUGACGGACCUGGCGGCCCGGUUCCUGGGUAACACGGUAUUCCGGCAGCACUUCCACCUGUUGCUGUCAGCAGUGGUGGUGUUCGGUCCCGCUAUGAGUCUCUGGGUCUCACAGCACAGCAUCUUCGCCAAAAGGAGUCACUUUCUCUACAGGUGAGGCUGCAUCCUGUCUGUCCUGCUUGAACCAGGACAGUAUUAUAAGGCCACUGAAUCUCCCACAAUGCACUUCUGUAACUGUUUUUAGGAGAUGCUCAGUUGACUGCAGCUGUCACUAUUUUAAUAGUUAAUUUUUGCAGUGUGAAGUAUUUCACUGCAUUUAGCAGAAUAUGCAAAAAAAAAAAAAAGGUCAAAUGAUGUUUGAAUGUUUAAAUGAGUGUAUAAUCACCUGACUAUAAAUAUGUUUGUUGUCUGUAUGAGCUCAAGUAAGUGGUGGGUGUUAACGUAGAAGCAGGUCACCUUCCAGAGAGGCCGCCAUCUAUGACCAUCAUGUUUUUACAGUAGCACAGAAUGGACAAACUGCAGCAAAUCUACAAAUUUGAUAUGAGUAUGGACAGCUAUGUUUUCAAUCCAAAAAACAAUUCUUGUUUGUAAUAUGUACAGAAAAAGUUCCAGGACAAAUCACCCCCUAUAUUGUGUUCAUUUUAAAGUUUGAAUCUAUGCAGCUCAGUGAUGCAGCAUGGUUAUUUCCUUUUCAGAUAGUCUUUGCAACUAAAAUAACCAAAACAACAACACACCUUUAUUACCCAUGAACACUGUUACUACAUAAGUCAUUCAUGCUUGUUCCAAAGAAAACAUAUUACCCACUUUGCCAUCACUUUGGCUGCUCAUGAAUGUGCUGACAUAGCGGCCCCUUUGUUGUCUUCUUAUUGCCCACUUUUGAAAUGAAGGACUGUGAUUGGAUCAGUUUAUUUGACAUUGAAGGAAGGUAAUUUAGAGCCACCCAAGAGCACCUGGCUGCAGACACAUGAACAGCUGAAGGUUGGACCUCCACUUUGAUCUCAGCUGUUAUUGGGAAAUGGGUCCAUUUUAGCAGUGAAAGUUGUAUUUUUCACAUACUUCAAAGGUAAAAGUCAACAGACUCAGAGUUUUAUAUUUGACUUGUUAAGUUCAGAAGUCAUCUUGGUGUUGAAAUUGUGUAGCUCUGCACUUGCACAAUCAGACCUUUGUGGACACAUGCUCAGUUGAAAGUUUACCUCUGUUUGCAGUUUUAAUAUUAAACACAUAAGUCCUUUCUAUAAAGACAAAGAGCAACUUUCCCUGGUGAGAUAGUUUAAUUCCUCUUAACAUCUGAGAUGCAAGUGAGGGUCCAGUUUUCAACUGGCACAUGCCAAUGGAGGUCUGCUGUCUGCAACUAGGUCCUUUUCCAUUCAAAAGUGCCUCUGGAAGUGACUGUAUAGACCUACAACCAACCAGAUUAAUGCAGCAUGUGACAUAGCAACAGAGGUGUAAAUGGACAGCAGCAGUGUGCAGAGUAAAGAAACACACCUUUCUAACCAAUCCAUGCUAGUUGGGCAUUUUUUAGGUCUGUGUUGAAUGAAAAUUCAUCACCUAGCUAGUUUGUAAGGGGGACAUAACAGAUUCAGAGGGCCUCCUUACAGCAGAAGCUGCCAUCUUGGUUGGUUAGAAAUAUGCUGUGUAGUCAUGGUAUAGAACCUGCCCUAUUUUUAAUACAGAACUUUGCUUGGCUAGGCAAAUCUUACAAAGAGGUGAAAUCAUUCAAAGUGACAGUGGUAACAGAAAAACAGCCAGCAAAAAUGAUCAAGAGCUGACUGCUGGCUCUUUGGUGUCUUUUUUUUUUUCUUGGUUUUGACCAAACCUGAUCAUAAACCUCUCAGGACUACCUUGUGUUUGUUUUUGUACCCAAGCCUCAGCCUAUUAUUAUUAUUAUUAUUAUUAUUAUUAUUAUUAUUAUUAUUAUUAUUAUUAUUAUAUUAACAUAUUAUUUUAGUUUUUUUUAGAUUAUUCACACAUUUGAGGCUAGAGAAGAUGACAUCUCAGCUCCUUCUCAAAAUUUACUGUACCAUAAGUGGAGUGAAACAUACCAUAAAUCCAUCCUCACCAAAUGUAACUUUUUCUCCAAAGUCAAAACAAUUUUGUUUAAAAAUGUCAAAAUCAUAAAUAUGAAGCAAAUAAAACCCUCCAUUAUUAGACGUGUAUAUGAGACAAGAAAUGAGUCUCAUAUACAGUAAACUUGAUAAGACCAACAGAGGAGGGAUCAGUGGACAGAAAGAUUGACAGUUUGGAUGAUGAUGAUGAUGUCCUGGAUUAAACAUAAAUGAUCCCCAUCUUUCUUUCGUAUGCUUUUAAAAUAACUACACCUUCCUCUCCUUGCAGGAUGUUCUUGCGCUCUGGUUGGGGCUGGACCUGUGUCUUUGUUGGCUCCUUUGUUUUCCUCCUGUCCUUCUCCAUCCGGCGCUCCCUCUCUCUCUCCAUGCGCCACCUCUCUCGGCUUGGAGUGGCUGGUGGUCUGUGGCUUGGUUUCUGUAAACUCCUGGACCUCCUUGAGAACGCGACAGGGAGCUGCUAUGAGCCUCUACUCAGCAGCCCAGAGGUCACCAAUGGGCAGCCUCUGUUGGUGCUGAGAGAGGGGGAGAGUAAGUCCGAGUGCCUCAAAGCUGGGAUGCUGUGGAGAGGGUAUGAAGUGUCAGAGGACGUCUUCCUCCUCUGUCUAUGCUGCCUCUUGCUGGCAGAGGAAACAGCUGUUUUUGGCCCGUACCUGAGCCUGGGCGGGAUCUCAGAUGCCCCUCUCAGGAUCCUCUUCCUCUUCUGUGUCCUCUUGCUUGGCCUCUGGAUCUUCCUGCUGCUCUGCCUCUUGGCUUAUUUUCCUCAGUUUCCCACCCAGCUGCUAGGGGGCGCUCUGGGGUGUCUGAGCUGGAGAGGACUGUACCAGGGCUGGUACCGGCUUGGGCCCAGCUGGUGCUCACCUGGAAGACCUGGACAGGGGCUGCUCAACACUAAAAACAGUAUAUCCGAAGCAGAUGAUGCACAACUGAGCAACGAGCACCUCAACUAA